AUGAUUCGUGCUGUGCUUCAAGAUACAGAGGAGCAACAAACGACGAGGGAGCCUGUGAGACUUUGGCUGAAGAAGCUCCAAGAAGCAGCUUAUGAUGCUGAAGAUGUGUUCGAUGAGUUGGCCAAUGAGAUUCUUCGACGGAAGGUUGAAAUGCAAGACCAAUCGGGAAGGGAGGUAAACAAAUUCUUUUCAUUCUCCAAAGGCACUCGUUAUGUUAAAAAAGCUGCAUUUCAUUUCAAAAUGGCACGCAAAGUUAAGAAUAUAAAUGACUUGUUGAAUAAGAUUAAGAAUGAAGCUAUGGGUUUUGGACUUCAAGCUGUAAGUAGAGAUAGAAUAAUGCGUCUAAUCAACUUGUAUCGGGUCACAGAUUCGGUCCUUGACAACCCAGUUGCGGGGAGGGAAGCUGAUGUUGCUAAAAUUGUGAACUUGUUGAGUUAUUCAAGUGACCAACAAGUUUUUACCAUUGUUCCCAUAGUGGGGAUGGGCGGCUUAGGAAAGACAGCCUUAGCUAAAUUGGUGUGUGAGGAAGUAAUAGCAAAAAGGCUUUAUGAUCUUAAAAUAUGGGUCUGUGUCUCUGAUAACUUUGAUGACCAAAGAAUUUUAGGGGAAAUGUUGCAAACUCUCAAUGCAAACAUGGGUGGGUUGACCAACAAAGAUGCGAUACUUCAGGAGCUUGAAAAGGCAUUAGAGGGGAAAAAAUUUAUACUUGUUCUUGAUGAUGUAUGGAAUGAUGUAGUAACGAGGUGGGAUGAUAUAAAGAUCCGUUUGGAAAAAAAUAGUGAUAACAAUGGAAAUGCUAUUGUUGUUACUACUCGGAGUGAGAAAGCGGCAUCAAAAGUUGUGACUUCUACUUCAUAUAGGCAUAAAUUGAAUUUGUUGUCUGAUGAUGAAUGUUGGUCUAUUGUGAAGGAAAGAGCUUUAGGAAAUGGACCAUUAAUCCCUCUAGGCUCAAACUUGGAGGCCAUUGGAAAGGAGAUUGCAAAAAAAUGCAGAGGAGUGCCGUUAGCUGCAAAAGUUCUAGGCGGGACAAUGGGUUUCAAUAGGGAUAAAAAUGCGUGGUUGUUAAUUGAAGAAAGUGAAGUUCUGAAUGCAUCGCAUAACAAGGAUAAUGUUGUGUCUAUACUAAAACUAAGUUUUGAUCACUUGCCUUUAUACUUGAAGUCAUGUUUUGCAUAUUGUUCAAUUUUCCCAAAAGAUUUUGAGAUUGCAAAAGAAGAAUUAAUUCAGCUUUGGAUGGCUGAAGGUCUUCUUAAGCCAUCUAAUAAAGAUGAGGGCUACAAGUAUUUUAAUGUCUUGCUUCAGAAUUCCUUUUUUCAAGAUGUGGAAAGGGAUCAACAUGAGAAUAUUAGAUGGUGCAAAAUGCAUGAUCUUGUUCAUGAUCUUGCAUUGUCUUUUUCAAAGUCUGAAACAUUAACUUUGGAGAAUUGUUCAACGAAUGAUGAUAUGUCUUCUAUUCGUCGUUUAUAUGUAAAUCGUGAUAAUACAACAACUUUAAUGGCAUGUUCAAAAGGGGGUGCUAAGAAGUUGCGAAGUUUAUUCAUAAAGGAUAUUGUCUUUGAUGGGUCUUGGAAGUUGAAAAGGUUGCGGACUCUAAACUUGAACGGUGCUAAUAUUGAAGAGUUGCCAUCUUCAAUUAGCAAGUUGAAACAUUUAAGGUACCUUGACAUCUCAGAGACUAAAAUCGAAGCGUUGCCUGAAUCAAUUACUGAACUCUACAAUUUGCAAACAUUGAGAUUCAUUUGGUGCAAUUCACUUAUGCGGGUUCCUAGAAAUAAAAUGUGCAAUCUGAUCAGCUUGAGGCAUGUCGUAUUUUCUAGAGAUGACCAUAUGCCUUCUAUGGUGGGGCGGUUAACUUGUCUUGAAACACUGCCAUUGUUUGUUGUGGGUCCUAAUAGGGGAGGUAGCAUCCAAGAACUAGAAUGCUUAAACCAGCUAAGCGGGAAGUUGGAAAUAAAUCAUCUUGAGGAGGUGAGUGACAAAGAGGAAGCUCAGAAAUCAAACCUCCAGAAGAAAACAAAUAUAAAAGCCUUGCGAUUUACACGGAGUGAUGGAAGAGAAUUCACAAGCAAUGAUGAGGAAGUGUUGGAAGGCCUUGAGCCUCACCCAAACAUAGAGAUUAUAGAGAUAAAUAAUUAUUUGGGUGAGAAAUUCCCGUCGUGGCUGUUAAUGAUGAAAAUUCCAAGUGAUGGCGAUUCUUUCUCAGUAUUUGAUAAUUUGGUGGAAGUUAGAUUGUAUGAUUGUAAGUGGUGUGAAGAGCUCCCAAAACUUGCUCAUCUUUGUCGUCUUAAAGUACUUUUGAUGCAUGGAAUGGAUAGGAUCAGAUGUAUAGGGAAUGAAUUUUAUGGCAUUGAUGAUGGAAGCACGAGCAAUGGAGUGAGACCGUUUCCUUCAUUAAAGGAUUUAUAUUUUGGUUCUAUGAAGAGUUUAGUUGAAUGGAAGGCUCCACCAGUGGAUGAAGGAGGCGAAACUGUUGUAUUUUCUUGCCUUGAGGUAUUGGCCAUUAGGAAAUGUCCUCGGUUGACAAAAAUUCCAUUAAGUAAUCGUUCAUCGCUUGAAAGAUUGGAAAUCGUUGAUUGUGAAGAAUUGAGUUACUUAUUUGAUGAACUCCACUCCUUUUCGUCUCUUGCAAAGAUAUCAAUUGGUGGUUGUAGUAAAUUAACUUGUCUUCCAAAUGGGCCAAAUUCCUUCACUUCUCUAUAA